AUGUACCGAGUUGAUAAGGAGCACGCUAAAUCAUCGCGCUCAAGGCCGGUGUCAUGUCAUUCUUGCCGCACGAGGAAGCUAAAGUGCAGUCGGCAGUUCCCUUGCUCCAAUUGCACCAGCCGGGGCAAUGAAUGCCAGCUCUAUCCUACCGUUGCUUCACAGUCAUUGUCAAGCCAUUUGGAUCCCGAAAAAUCCGAGAAAUCGUCGAAUGAUUUCAAAACUGAUGUUCUCGCUCGCUUGCGUCGUCUAGAAGGCAUCGUGAUUGGAGGUGGACCCGGUCAAUCUCCAAACCAGACAGCAUCUCAUCCUUCCUCUCCAGCACCGAAAACAGACCAUCUAUUCACAACCCCGCAAGGAGAGUCAUCUUCGGCAGCUGCUGUGGACUGGCUGGAAGGUGAAAUUACAUCUCCGGGUUCGGCGAAAUACCUCUUGGCAUACGAGCUUGAAUUUAGAACCUGUCCGAUUCGGCAUGCUCUGAGCUCUGCGCUGGUGGUUUCACAAAAUGCACCUUCAACAAAAUGCAUUUGGCUGCCACUAUAUGAAGAGGCGUUGGCGAUUGUUGAAAAGUAUAUCAAGGAAAUUACUUACCUUCAUCAUGUGGCACACACUCCCUCAUUGCGGACUUUGGUCGAAAAGCUUUACGGCGAUCUACGAGAGAGCAGGCCUGUCGAAAUUGGGCAAGUUUCACUCCUCUUAGGAAUUCUCGCCAGCACUACAACCUUCUGGACAGAGCAUGAUAUGCACAAUGGAAUCUUCGCCAGUGUUGAACAAGCCAACGGGCAGUCCAUACGAUGGAUGGAACUGGCACUCGAGGUGGUCGAAUAUUCACGCCACAAGCAUACUGAGUCACUUGAAGAUGUCCAGGCCAUGAUUAUUCUAAUAUUUGUGACCACCAAUUUGGUGGGAAUUGCGUCUCAAGCUCGACAUAUAGUGAGCAUGGCCAUUUCUGUGGCAAGGGAACUAUCAUUGCACCGUAUCGACCAUCCACACAACUACAAUGUGGAUGUGCCUCCGCAGGAUUCUGCGAGAGCAGAGAUCAGUCGAAGAGUGUGGUGGUAUCUCGUCGCAACUGAUUGGCAAAUGUCCCAAAUUUCUGGCCCUCAGAAAGGCACAUAUUCAAUCGAUCCUCGCCAUAUGAUGACCGAUAAGCCUAUCAAUGCAAACGACGAAGAUUUAGUUGACGGAAUGGCUCGCGUUGGUAAACCGAUUGAUGUGCCAACAUCAAUGUCGUACUGUCUUCAACGAAUCCGACUUGGCGAAUUUUGCCGCGAGAUUACAGAUAGCGCACCCUUUGGAAUGCUAGACCCAGGCAUUCCGGACUAUGAACAAACACAACAGAUUGAUAUCAAGAUCUGCGAGUUCGCAGAAAAACUACCGGAGUUCUUUUCGUUGUCUUUUGCCCCGAAGAAUCUACGAAAGACUGAUCCCCGACGAUCAACGGGAAUAAACAUCCAACGAUACAUAUUCAACUUCAUGAUCCAUACCCAGAGAUGUAGGCUUCAUUUGCCCUAUUUGUCGCGCGCAGCAAAAGACCCGGCCUAUGAGUCCUCCCGGAAAGCUUGUUUAGAGGCGGCCAGAAUGGUCAUUCGAACUGAACACCAACUCUCCCGAGAGUUGAUUUCAUUCGUACUCAUGCGUUUGAAAUUUUCAGGCAUGAUACAUUGCAUCUGCGUGGCUAUUAUCGUGCUCCUCAUCGAUUUCUGCUUGAGCAGUUCCCAACAGGAGAAUGACCAAGAGCGCAGAGGGGAGAUCCUUAACGCCUUCGGGAUUUUGGAAGAGGCCAAAGAACAUUUACCAUUUGCAAACAAGCUACUUGAAUCUUUCAAAACGGUUCUCCGUCGGCGAAGCAUAUCAGCUCCGGCUAAAGGAAGUACAACGCGACCCACAAGCCAUGAUCAAUCAUCCCCGGGGCUCUCCAGUAACUUUACAGGGUCCACAGGCCUGGUUGACUCAAUCGGAUCUAUUGAUAGCACCCUAAUGGACCCGACAAUGCCUUCAUUGGAUGAGCUCUGGCAAGCAUUCGACGAGAGUGUGGACUCAGCCCCAGUGGACUGGAAUACCCUCUUCACCGAGCUGGAUGCCCCAUUCCUGUCUAUGUAA